AAAAACUUUAAAAAAGGAGAGGAAAGUUUUCUUACAUGUACAGGUUAUGUUUAUUUGUCAUUUUUUGUUUACAUGUUUUCAUUUUGUUUUGUUUCCAGUGGACAGAACAUCUGUAUGCGAGUUAGCAGCCCUAUACUAUUAAUAAUGGAAAAACAGUUUAUCUUCUGAACAGAAACUUGUACCAGACAACAGGAGGUUACAGAAAGAUUGGUAUUUUGAAUUUUAAGUAGGACUAUUCUCUGGUUUCUCCACUGAAGUGUAAUCUGGAUUCCUCUGACAUGAUAUAGAUAUAUAGAUAUUAUAGACUAAGACUAGUCAUACUGUGAAAUAUGAGUAGUGAACCGCCUCCACUCAAGAGAUAUAGGCGUGAAGAACAAAACAGUAAUUCAGAGUCAGAUGAUGAUAAUUAUGUUCCAUACAUUUCUGUGAAGGAAAGAAAAAAACAACAGCUACUGAAGUUAGGACGUUUAGGACAGGUGAAAGAAUCUGAACAAAACAAACACAAAUCAUCCAGUGAGAAUGAAACUAAUGAAGAGGAAGAAGAUGAAAUAUGGGGAAGAAAGAACAACAUUCCACUUCUUGAUCAGCAUACAGAACUCAGGAAAUUAGCUGAAGCUAAAAAGGUCAGUGCUGUAGAAAGGCAACUGAAAAAGGAAGAAGAAAUAUUGGAAAUUGUAGCAGAGAAGAAAGCACUGAUGGGAGUCUCUGAAUUAGCAAAAGGCAUUCAGUACAAUGAACCAAUAAAAACAAGUUGGCGACCUCCACGAUACAUUCUUCAAAUGCCAGGAAGUAGCCAUGACAAAGUCAGAUACGAUUUACGAAUUUUAGUUGAAGGAGAUGAAAUUCCACCACCACUCAAAACAUUCAAGGAAAUGAAAUUUCACGAGGGUAUCAUAGCUGGCUUGAAGGAAAAACAUAUCAAGAAGCCCACACCUAUUCAGAUACAAGGAAUACCAACAGUAUUAUCGGGAAGAGACAUGAUUGGAAUAGCGUUCACCGGGUCUGGUAAAACACUAGUCUUUGUUUUACCAUUAGUGAUGUUUUGCUUGGAACAGGAAAUUAAACUGCCCUUUAUAAAGAAUGAAGGCCCUUACGGACUCAUUAUCUGCCCUUCUAGAGAAUUGGCCAAGCAGACCUAUGACAUUAUACAGCAUUUCACUGAUAGUUUACGCAAGCAUGGAAUGCCUGAAAUAAGAAGCUGUUUGUCUAUUGGCGGGGUACCUGUUACUGAAGCGAUAGAGAUCAUUCAAAGGGGUGUUCAUAUUAUGGUAGCGACACCUGGACGACUCAUGGACAUGUUAGAGAAGAAGAUCGUCAAAUUGUCAGUAUGCAGGUAUCUUUGUAUGGACGAAGCUGACAGAAUGAUAGAUUUGGGCUUUGAAGAGGACGUCAGAACAAUUUUUUCUUAUUUUAACGGUCAAAGACAGACAUUAUUGUUUUCUGCUACUAUGCCGAAAAAAAUUCAGAACUUUGCAAGAUCAGCAUUGGUUAAACCAAUUACAAUAAAUGUUGGUAGGGCAGGAGCUGCUUCUAUGAACGUAGAACAGGAAGUUGAAUAUGUUAAACAAGAAGCCAAAAUAGUAUAUUUAUUGGAGUGCUUGCAAAAAACUACACCACCUGUUUUGAUAUUUGCUGAAAAAAAGCAAGAUGUUGAUGCUAUUCACGAAUAUCUUCUUCUUAAAGGUGUAGAAGCAGUUGCAAUUCAUGGAGGAAAAGAUCAAGAAGAACGUUCCAGAUCUGUGGAAGCAUUUAGGAAACAAGAAAAAGACGUGCUUGUGGCAACAGAUGUAGCUUCCAAAGGGUUAGAUUUUCCGGACAUCCAACAUGUUAUCAAUUAUGAUAUGCCUGAUGAUGUUGAAAACUAUGUGCAUCGUAUUGGGCGUACAGGUAGAUCUGGUAAUAAGGGUUUGGCGACUACAUUCAUCAACAAAUCCAAUGAUGAAUCAGUUCUGUUGGAUCUGAAACAUCUUUUAAUGGAAGCGAAGCAGAAAGUUCCCAAUUUUCUUGCUGAACUUUGUUCAGAAAGUGAGAAGUACCUGGAAUUGGGAGGUGAACACGGAUGUAGUUAUUGUGGUGGUUUGGGACACAGAAUUACAGAUUGUCCUAAAUUGGAAGCAAUCCAGACUAAGCAAGCAUCCAAUAUUGGGAGGAGAGAUUAUUUGGCCAAUACAGCUGCCGACUAUUAGGCGUCCAGAAUCAAUAUUGGUCUUCUAUAUAGGUAUAUAUAGUGAUGUUCUGUAUCGUAUAUCUCUAAGUAGGUUAUAUACAGCAUAUUGUACAUAGGUAAACUCCAUAUCCAUAAAUUAACUUC